GAGGGGGGGGGGGAGUACACAUCUCCAUAGGGACAGGAGAAACAGCGCUCACCAGGCGCAGAGACACUUGGUGCAUUCUUUCCUAUCUAAUAACUAAUAACAAUUCUGUUGUGGAUAUACACAGUCACAUAAUUCAAGAAUGACAGACAACAGGAGUGUGUUAUUGUAAGGAAAUGUACCUACAGCAAGAGAUGAGCUGAGCGUACUGAUGUGCACUUCUCCAAGACGUCGGAUGUGGGAGCUGUGCGCAGGACGACUCGACAUUUAACCAGCCUCAAAAAAAAAAAAAAAAAAAAAAAAAAAACAGCCGUGGAACACUUGGAAAACUCUGCCAGAAGACAGAAGGACACAUGCAAAUAAACGGCGCAGUGGUUGUUCAAAUCAAGACAAACUUGGAAUCAUGCGGGUUUAAAGCGUGAGGAAAAACGAGAAAGACGAGUGCUGGAGCUCUGGCUGGCUACGGUGACAGGAUGCUUUCUGAUCUCCCGUGUUUGGAUGAUUCAGGAGAGGGCAGAGAGAGCAUUUAGAGUCGUACCUGUGAGGCCGUCCGCAUGGAAAUGUGCUGACAUCAGCGCUUUGCAUUUCAAACCCGCGGGAUACAGGAGGAUGAGGAGGAUGCGGCAGUGACGGUACAGAAGAAGCUGGGUUUGCAUAGAUCAUAUCAGGCUGUCAGUGUGGAGUAAAGCUGGAGGCUGCGUGAAGUUCCUGAGAGUGCAGAGAGGCAGAGUGGCAGUCACUCACAGAGAGACACUUGUACCGAAAAGAGGACUGGCACUCUUUCAACGGAAGGAUAUAAAAACGCAGCCUCACACCUCCGCCUCUUUGCACGGGCCUGUUCGUUGUGGCAGCACCUCAGGGAUUUGAAGGAGGCGGGUUGGUGCUGGCGCGAUGGUGGUGCUGUGGUUGCCUCAGGAGUGGGCCUGGCAGGCUGUUCUCCUGGUGACAGGACUGGCAUCAAUGAGCUGUGGGUCUGAUGCCAACAUGUUGGACACCAUGCUGAAGAACGGAUGGAAGGGGGGAUCGGAGCGAAGGGCAAUGGAGGGCAGCAGCACAGUUUCAGCUCAAAACAUGCUUUGGUGCCACUGCAACCACCACUGCCCUGACAAAUCAGUCAACAACACUUGCAUGACUAAUGGUUACUGCUUCACCAUGGUGGAGGAGGAGGAGGGCGGUGUGGCUGUGCUCACUUCAGGUUGUUUAGCAAUGGGUGGCUCCGAGUUCCAGUGCAGAGACACAGGGAUUUCACGUUUCAGGAGAACUAUUGAGUGUUGCACAGAUCAGGACUAUUGCAACAGGGACUUACAUCCCACUCUUCCUCCAAUCAUGACAUCAGAUUAUGUGGACAGCAGUAUCCAGUACAUGGCUCUCUUCAUCUCAGUCACAGUCUGCAGCAUCAUCCUCGGUCUCAUCCUCGUCUUCUGCUAUGUCAGAUAUAAGCGGCAGGAGUCACAGCCACGCUACAGUAUCGAUCUGGAGCAGGAUGAGACCUACAUCCCCCCUGGGGAGUCUCUGAAGGACAUGAUAGAGCAUUCCCGGAGCAUUGGGUCUGGCUCUGGGUCAGGACUCCCUCUACUGGUGCAGCGAACCAUCGCCAAGCAGAUUCAGAUGGUUAAGCAGAUCGGGAAAGGGCGAUACGGAGAGGUGUGGAUGGGCAGAUGGAGAGGAGAGAGAGUGGCCGUCAAAGUCUUCUUCACCACGGAGGAAGAGAGCUGGUUCAGAGAGACUGAAAUUUACCAGACUUUCCUGAUGAGACAUGACAACAUACUAGGAUUCAUAGCAGCCGACAUUAAAGGAACCGGCUCGUGGACUCAGCUCUACCUGAUCACAGACUACCAUGAGAAUGGAUCCUUAUAUGACUACCUCAAGUCCAACACCUUAGACGUCAAGUCUCUGCUGAAACUGGCAUACUCCUCCAUAUCUGGCCUCUGUCACCUGCACACUGAGAUCUACGGCACACAGGGCAAACCGGCCAUCGCACACAGAGACCUGAAGAGUAAAAACAUCCUGGUCAAAAAGAAUGGAUCUUGUUGUAUAGCAGACCUUGGGCUGGCUGUCAAGUUUAACAGUGACACUAAUGAGGUGGAUAUCCCUCCCAAUCUGCGUGUUGGUACCAAGCGCUACAUGCCACCUGAAGUGCUGGAUGAGACCCUGAACAGGACCUACUUCCAGUCUUUUAUAAUGGCUGACAUGUAUAGUUUUGGUCUCAUCAUUUGGGAGAUGGCACGACGUUGCAUCUCUGGAGGCAUCGUGGAGGAGUAUCAGCUGCCUUAUCACGACCUUGUGCCCACUGAUCCUUCCUAUGAGGACAUGAGAGAAGUUGUCUGCAUUAAGAAACAAAGACCUUCAUUUGCUAAUCGUUGGAGCAGUGAUGAGUGUCUGCGACAGAUGGGGAAACUGAUGUCCGAGUGCUGGGCUCACAACCCGGCCUCUCGCCUCACAGCUCUGAGGGUGAAGAAGACCCUGGCAAAGAUGUUAGAGUCCCAAGACAUCAAAAUGUGACAGAGCGUCAAGAGAGAUGCUCUCAUCACCUAGAGACUUGUCACUGCCAACGGCACAGCGCCACUUACACUGGCCAAUAGAAGAAAGGGAAAAAAUAAGAGUCUGUGAAUGAUAGGACAAAGGAAACUGACAGGGAGAAUGAGUGAUGGACGUAAUGGUGGACAGGGAGCCAGAAAAAUGAGAGGCAGAAGAUUUAUUAUGUCUGGGGAAAUCUGACCUCCCAUUGUCUGAGUCACCUCUGCCUCAGACAAAGCGUUCAGGUCGUGCUUUCUGUGAAAGCUGAGUGGUUGUCAGGUCCAGACUGUCCAGGUGGGCAGGCAGACAGGGACCCUCGCAGGAGAGGAGGACUGAAACUCCUCUGAUCAGUUCAGUACAGAGGAAGCUCCUGGUCUGCCCUUCGAAAGCCAUAUAGCAGUAUUCCAUGUGCAGUCUUUUGUACCGUCACAGCUGCCUUCAUGUUUUGUUUUGUUUUUGUUUUUUUUGUUUUUUUUUGACUCAGUCACUGCAUGCUGUAAUAUCUUAGCAGACUGUAAACUGUCUUUCAGUUCACUGUCAAUUCCAUUAAUUGUGACUGUCAUCCAUCCAAAGAAAUGUCUAAUUCAUGCCCAGUGACCUCAAAGAUGUAAUUAUUAUUAUUAUUACUAUUGUUAUUAUUAUUAAUAUUAUUACAGAACAAAGCAGAGAAAGACUAAAUUAAUAAAAACACAAACAGAAUUUUCUAUAUAGUAUUUCAAAGUACAUUUUAUUUCAAUAAGAAGCCCUCUGGCUAUUAGAUCAUUGAUGGCUUUGUGAACUCAUUGUCCUUCAAGCCUCCAGAGCCGAGACAUAUUAGGCCUUGUUCUCCCUCAUUGUCUCUACUUUCCACUCGCAAUUCAUUUGUAAAUAGUUGAGCUAUUGAUAUUGAUAAUUAUUGCCUUUCUGGAUGUUAAAAUAUGUUUUUGAUGAUUUCUGUGUACAGAAUACAUCCCGUCCACUCUACCACUAUGGCAUGUGCCUUAUUUAAUCUGUACAUAUGUGAUUAUGAGAGUGUACGAGUGGAUCUGGAUAACAUUCCCCAAUAAAACGACUGUGUCUUGAAUGCUCAUCUAUUUAUAAUCACCCACGACUGUAAGAUUUGUGUCGCUCCGUCACACAAUUCAGACAAAAAGCUCCUCGUUCAGCCUUUCCAAUGUUGCAUAUAAAUAUAAUUUAUUAUUAGUCUUAAAAAUUCUUUCUUACACUUUGUACAAUAACUUGACAGAUGAAAUGCAAGCAGUUGCGCGGAACAUCAUGAGUGCCGGAACAGACAGGCUACAUUCUCACUAUACACAAUAAUAAUCAUGAAGCUGAGGAACAACUAGGGAAUGCAAAGGCUAGCCCACUGAGAAUGUAAAGAUUGUUUCAAAAGGAUGCAAAGUUUGCAUAGACGGCUUUACGAAAACUGGGACAACUGCCAUUUGAGAAGGAAAAAAAAACAAACGAAAAAAAAAAACAA